AUGAACCCGACUAUUGGGAAAGAUGGCUCACAAGGAGCCAAUCUUCAGCGACUCAUUCUUUACUCGCUUUCCCAAGAUGAACGUCUUCCCUCAUUUCCAAACCCAUCCUAUGCAAACUUAGUCGAUAACAUAAUCGAAAAGGCUGCCGUUGGAAACAAGAAUCUUGAUUUGGGGCAUCUCCGCCAAUCUGUCGUAUCACUAGAGCCAGAAUUGGAAAACAAAUUUCAGGCUGAGGUGUCCCGGAUGAUGGGUAGUUUGUCGUCUAGAAAUUGGUUCACGAACCAGUUAAGGUUACGAUAUCUGUCAUUUCGCGGCCCACUUUGCGAUAUGUCGCAAGUUGCAAUCCUUUCUAGUCCUGCAGAAAGUCAAACAAUUUCAACAGCCAGGCUUCUUCACAAGGUCGCCAUGGCAAUCACCUCACUUGAUACGGUUCAUGCGAUAGGCUGUGAUCGAAAAGGGAAUCGUUUUGAGACGCAGCAGCUUCGGGAUAUAUUUGCUACUACUCGAGUACCGGGUCACGACAUUGACGUUCUGAAGACCUCUCCUAGAUCCUCGCAUGCAGUCCUUUUUUCGAAUGGACAUACUUUCAGAGUCUGUAUACUAGACAGACAAUUACGGCCUGUUCCAGUAUCGGUGCUGGCAACACAAGUUCAAAACAUCCUUCACAUCUCAUCGGCAAAACCAAAAUCAAUCAACAUAGCACUGUACUCAACAUUGAUGGAACGACAGUGCUGGGCUGAGUUAAGACAUCGCUAUGUGAAAAUUAAUCCAGAGGCGAUCGACGAUAUUGAGUCCGCGAUCGUUUCAGUUGCGUUGCACACCGCAUUGCCUUUGGACCAGGAUGAAAAACUGAAGCUAGCAAAGGAAGACAACAGCUGCGUGUAUUCUGACAACGUUCUCGGAUUUUCGAUUUUCCCCGAUGGGACAGCUGCCGGGAGAGUCGAUCACUCAGUUGCUGACGGUGGACUAUUGGUCUUACUCUGGCAGCAUUUGUCUUCCCUCCGAAUAAGCAUCGACAACAAGCAUGCAGCUCAACACCUCCUGAAUGCCAUUUUACCGAAAGAGCUUCAUAUCGGAAAUGAAUCGUUGAGUCAACCUUCCUCAAUCCAAGGGCCAGCCCUUCUGCGCAAAUCAGUUAUUUCAAGGAUUCCCCAGGAUCCAAAUCUGUCUCGUAUCUUGCGGUACACGAAACUCUCCCACGCAAUUUAUCUUUUUGCCUAUCAGGGGGCAUUGUUGUCUAUAUUUGACGAAUCUGACUGUUCCAUCCACGAGCCAGUGUCGACUCGCAGCUAUGCCGAAGGUCGAUGCGACAGACACUAUGUCACUACAAAAGAAUUGGUGUCAUUUUGCAGAGCUCUCGAAGAAAAUAGGUCUUUGGGAAGCCUGAUCUCUGACUUCAAGGAGGCACUACAGAUGUACAGAGCUGGUUUGGAGGCCACGAGAAGGGGUCAGGGGUUUGGGGCUGCGAUCGGAAUUUUAGAGAAAUCGCUUUCCUCAAUGAAAGAUUCUGAUAGCAAAAGUCAGAUGAUACAGGCUGCGAAAACUUUCAAGAAGCGUGGUGCACUGUUUACGGGGUUUCCUUUCGCGCCAGCUGUUGAUGCUGUUGAAGGAUUCGUCUCUGCAGCCGACCGAGUAUCAUGUGUCUACAUCGGCCACGAAUCGGAAGUCAUCAUUUGUUUGACCGGCUCUGGCAUGUUCUGCGGCAUUCUUCAUCGAAUCAAGGAAGUCAUGGAGAAAAAUAUUAGCGGUAUCACUCAAGCCGUUCUUAAUUCAGGUCUUAUAUCAAUCUAACUGAGGUAAGGCACAGUCAACUUUCCGCUUGUAUUGUGGAACGAGGAGGAAAUGGCAAAAUUGGAGGGCAUUGAUGUAACAGAAUCUUUGAGCAAGAAAGCGG